UGUUUUUACUUUGAAAAUCGAAACACGAUAAAAAGAAAAGUUACUCCCAGCCUCUCUAAGACUUUGGUCAUCCUUGUUUCAUGAUUUGAGUUUCAUUGUCGAAAUUCAGUAAAGUACAGUGGUAAAACUGUAAUACUCUUAGUCUGUUCCUUGGUUCAACAUAUAACAUUCUACCCGAACACUUGAAAUAUAACUCUUCAUUACAUUUCAUUUGUUAGUUUCAUCAUCGAAUCUUUGUACUCAACAACAGCGUCUCUGUAUAUAGUACACGUUUCUUUUGAUCAAACCGAGUGGUGCGGACUUCUCGAUAAUCCGUGGGAUCUUCGUUUACACGUGCGCAUGCAGUACGCUGGAUAGCAAUUUCGUGUGUGUGUGGGUGAAAACCUGGUGAAGCGAUGGUGUUGGUGGUCAUAAACUAACUUGAAGUAUUACGUGUUCCACUACUUCACAACUGAUCGACUGAACACGAUGUAUCCUUUACCAUUAAAUUCACAGUCACGUAUCUGACAACGUAUUGGUGCGGCAUUUUUGUAUGAGAGAAAUCAUUACUUAACCAAAGCGCGUAUGACGACUACGAUAACUUCCUUUGCAGACUACGUUCAUUUCUGACUACAUACAUUCUGGUGAUAAGAUUACAUGACCGAAAUCCUUUCGAUUUCACCCCGUAGUGUGAUGAAAAAUUACCCCUGAUUCAAGGAUUUGAAAAAGGCAUUAACGACUUGAAUAUGGCAGUUGAACAGGAGAGGAGUGUCGUCAGUGACCCAGAGUUUGUGAGAUUAAGGCGCCCUAGAGUGAAGAGAUCGUCCCUUGGACUUGGUACAUCGAGUGGUGUUGAAGAAAAUGCCGAUAUCAUUGUAACUGAAUAUAAUGGAUCAUUAUCAGAGGCAAAACAGGAUGAAGGGGAAGAAGUAUUAUCAUGCCCUUUGGAACAAAAUCACCAGGGAAAGAAGUUGCUUCACGUGAUGGUGGCUUUGCCAGUCGAUUACAUUUUCUCCAUGAUUUUCGUCCAAGACCAAGUUAUGCUGAACGUAUACGAAGCCAGGAAGACAUCAGAUGUGGUGAGCGGACCGUGGUCAGAGGACCAGGAGACCGGUCAUAUGAGCCGUCAGGUGACCUACACGAUGUCUUUGAAUCUGGCCAGUUUCGGGUCGAAGACAUCUUACGUCGUUGAAAAGCAGUGGUUACAGUACAGCCAGGCUGGACAGUGUUACGUGGUGGCAACGGAAGUCGUCAAUAACGGAAUCCCUUAUGGUGACUCGUUCUCAAUCCUAUGCCAUUACUGCCUCAUCAGGGAGCCAGAUGGAAGAACGAAAGUCACUGUCUGGACUCUCGUCAAGUAUAAGAAGGCUAUCUGGGGAGUCGUUAAGGGUAUGCUGGAAAAGAGCGCUUAUAACGGAGUGGAGGCUUUCCAAGCAGAGCUGCUCUCUCAAAUUACCUUGGUCGUCGAGAGAUCGGAAAGGAAAGGCAACAGACUUCCACCAGCUUCUCGAUCCAAGACGCAUGCUCGGUCCUCCUCCUAUGGAUACAAGAGGCAAAGAGCGCAAGGAGCUGCGACAAAGGACACCGUCGUUGAAGAUUCCAAUUCUUCUUGCAGCCUGUGGAUAACCAUAUCGAUGAUAAUGGCUUUUGUGAUGCUCAUUCUUAGUAAUUAUAUUCUGUACAACAAACUCAACACCUUGGAAAUGCGUUCUGAGCAGAGGGCGUUGCAAUCCAAAACGAAUAGGUUCGAUGCCAGCAAAUCAUUCGAAGACAGACAGAGCUUCCCGCUGCUCCACGAAGAGAUUCAGAGCGAUCAGAUGCAAACUUGGAAGGCAACUGUUCAAGAGGCCAGCCAGAGGCUACUGCAGAUCCAAGAAUCGUUAGAGUUGACGUUGAAGAACAUCAGAGAAAAUGAAGAGGCCGUAUACUCCACUCUGCAGAAGUACCGUGACGGGACGACUAAGACUUCGGAGAAGGGCGAAGAGAACGGUGCUGAGAAAACAAACACAGAGCGGACGCCCCCUACCGAAGGAACCACUUGACAUAGUUGAUAAAUGGAAUGCAGUAUGUUCAUUGCCAUAUUUAAGGUUUUCUGAAAAGAUGAAUGAUUCUGGUACA